GCCCUCUCUAAAACAGCAGAUCUUUUUCAUCACUCAAUAGCUGCAGAACCUCAAACAUGCUAUAAUUUUUUGACUUGAAAUAUAAGCUUUACUCUUGACCAGCUAUGACAGAAGAAAUAACAUAUGCAGAUCUGGAAUUUAAUAAAUCUUAUGCACUGGAAAAUAUCCCAACACCUGCUGCUCCUGAGGAAAAAGGGCUGCUCUCUUCAUCUUCCACAUGGCGUCUGGCUGCCUUGACUUUCCUCACACUGUGCUUGGCAUUGCUACUAGGGAUGUUAGCCCUUGGGAUUGUGUUUUCUCAGGUUUCCAGUGACUUCCAGAAACAAAUUGAGAACCUCACGAGGAACCAGGAAACUCUUCAAAUGAAUUUUUCAAAAAGACUGCAAGACAUGAAAAAUCAUUUGUGUCUUAAAGGAGAGGAAAAUAAUGAGAAUAAUGGACCCAGUUGUACACUCUGCCCUGCAAACUGGCAAUGGAUGAGAGGUGACACCUGUUUCUACGUUUCAGUGAAGAAGAGGUCAUGGAUAGAGAGCCAGAAAUUCUGUUCCUUACAGAAUUCUACCCUUCUCAUACUAAAAGACAGGGAUAAGCUGAACCAUGUACCUGCAAGAGACACAAGCCAAUAUUACUGGAUUGGUUUACAUAAAUCCAGAAAUAACAGCUGGUAUUGGGAGGAUGGCUCAGCUCUUUUGCCAGUGAAAGAAAAUCGGAUUGACUUAUAUGAAUACUAUAACUGUGCCUACCUAUAUGGAGAGAGAAUUAGUAACGACUAUUGCACAGUGAACAAAUUCUGGAUCUGUGAGAAAGCAGCUGUCAAACUAAGCAUAUGAGAAAGAGUAGAACAUGUGAGCUGACAGUCUCCACAUGCAUUCAUCUGGGUGUGCAGGAUUCUCACUGACAGGCUCUCGUCUCUGAAAUGUACUGCUUUGCACUGAUGUAAGUGGGGCAGAGUGGGCUGAUAUGGCAUCCAGUUGUCAAAAGUUGGGGUAGGUCUUAAAAGUAGAUUUUAGUUCUGUUGAAUAUUGUACAUUUUGUAUUGUACUCUUUUAAAAAUGUUGUAUGUUUUAUCUCCUGUAUUAUUUCUGUACUACUAUAUAUGGAUACAUCAUUUUAAGGGCUUUCUCUGUAUUGUAUAUGUGCUUUGAUGUUUGGUCAGGUGUCAUUUAAAAAUCAAAAUCAAAAUUAAUAUAUUCUAUUCUGUGGUAUCCUCUGUCUGAAUAAUAGAAAACCCUCAUGUGUUUUGGUGAAGGGGGAGACCAGUGGAGUGCACCAUGUAACAGUUCCUGAUUUCAGAUGGAGUCGGGUGGUUGCAGGGGAAUUUCAGCAUGGGAACUUUGACUCUGGCUCUCCUUUCCCCAUCCCUAGAUCAGACAAAGCAGCGCUGCCCCUGAGAUCGUCACCCCCACCCCAACCCAGAGCUCUUACUAAGUAACAUGAUCUAGCCUUAAAUACACUUUGUUUCUUGAUUACACAAAGUUUAACCAAUGGCCUCAGAUUCUGUUUCUGUGAACAUUUACACAAACAAAACUGCACUUGCACACAGGAUCAUAGAAAGCAGAAGAAAGGGGCGUGAACAAGGCUGAAUAGAAAUACAGUUCAGCAUUUGCAAGCACUGCAGGAAUACAUUUAUAUUUUUUGUUAGUGGUGAUGAUUGUGAAGCACUGGAAUGGGUUACCUAGGGAGGUGGUG